CCCUCGGGAUGGAGGAGGGGGCCCUCCGCGAGCACAUCCGCCGGCUGCGCACGGAGCAGGCAGCCGUAGAGGCGUCCCUCCGCGACGCCCCGGCACCCACCAGCACCCACUGGAGCAAGGACACCCGAGCCCGGGCUGAGCAGGUGCUGCGGGAUGCCAGGGCUCUCCUGCCUGGCUGGAGGCGGCCGGAGAAAGCGGAGCUGCUGCAGGACUUGGCAAUGCUCAAGGAAGCCAUGGCCGACCUGAAGACGCGGCUGCAGCUGGUGGAGAGGGAGAAGCGGGGACUGGAGCUGCUGGCAGCCGGACAGGGGCCGCGGGAGGCUGCACUGCGCCUGGUGCUCCAACAUCUGGAAUGGGAGCGGGAUGGGGGGUCCGGCGCCUCCCCAACCCCUCCAGCAGCUCCAGCAGCAGCGAGGAGGAUGCCCAAACCGGCCGGGCAGGAGCAGCGGCUCCCAGCACCCUCAGGACCUGGAGAAGAUGGGUGA